AUGACAGACCCCGCGAACCCCAGCGAUAGCCCUUUGCCAGGAAUCCCGCCCGCGAGACAACCGGGUCACGAGCUCCCCUUUGUACAGCCCUCAACGUACCUGCACCUGCGCGCUCCCACGGCCACGGCCACCUUUGGCAACUCCGGGCCCUUUCACACAGCACCAGCAGAGAAGCCCCCAAUGACGCCGUUGGAUCGAGAUCAAGUGCAGGGCCUGACGGCCAUACGGGAGUUCCUCAAGGUUCGAACCAGUUACGAUGUUCUACCGCUUUCGUUCCGGCUGAUUAUGCUCGACAAUGACCUCCUCAUCCGAACCUGCGUGAAUAUCUUGAUGCAAAAUAGCAUUGUCUCGGCUCCACUGUGGGAUUCCAAGACGUCGACAUUCGCAGGUCUCCUUACCAGUACCGACUUCAUCAACGUUAUCCAAUACUACCUACAAUUUCCUGAAAAGCUUGAGGAGGUAGAGAAAUUCCGCCUCAGCAGCCUGCGAGAUAUCGAGAAGGCGCUCGGCGUUGCGCCCCUCGAGACCGUGUCCGUGCACCCAAAUCGGCCCCUUUACGAAGCUUGUCGGCGCAUGCUGCAGACGAGGGCGCGCAGGAUCCCACUUGUUGAUUUCGACGACGAAACGGGUCGGGAGACGGUUGUCAGCGUCAUCACACAAUAUCGCAUACUCAAGUUCAUCGCAGUGAACAAUGAGAAGAAUACGACACUCCUGAGGAAAACCGUGCGGGACAUCAACCUCGGAACGUACAAAGACAUUGCGACAGCAACCAUGGGCAGCUCGGUACUCGAUGUGAUCCAGCUCAUGGUUCAGUACAACAUAUCAGCGGUUCCCAUCCUAGACCGACAGGGCCAUGUCAUGAACGUCUUCGAGGCUGUGGACGUCAUCCCUUGUAUCAAGGGCGGGGCUUACGACGAGCUCAGUGAGACCGUCGGAGAUGCGUUGUGCAGGCGGUCGGAUGAUUUCCAGGGCAUCUACACUUGCACAGAAGAGGAUCGACUUGAUUCGAUAUUCGAUACGGUCAGAAAAUCUCGGGUGCACCGUCUGAUCGUGGUGGACGAUGACAACAAGCUUCAAGGCAUCAUCUCACUUUCAGAUAUCCUCAAGUACGUCUUGAUCUACGGAGAGGCAGAGCACCUGGAGCCGGAGGCAUGACAAGAGGGGACUCGUACCUCAGAAUCAUGAAACCCUCAUCAUCCUCUCUCUCUCUCUCCCCCCCCCCCCCCUUCUUUGGAGUCUCCGGGAUAUUCUUCCGUGUUUCGAGGCAUUUGUAGGGCGUUCUAGGUGGACGGGUUCACGGAUGGGAGCAAGGAUACCAGAGGGCUGGUUGCAUAAGGCGUCAUCCGUCGUGUUUAGUCCCGGGCGCCAAUAGAGGUAUGUUUGGGAAGAUGACUUUCGUUAGGUAAGGGAAAUAUCCUGUGCGAGACUCCUCUGAUUUAGGUUAUUAUCAUUAUCAAGAGGUCAAAUAGCACCCCUGUACGCUUUCAGAUACAGCCGAUGAAGAAAGAUGCACACGUUAUAAUAAACAAGCCUGAAGGGACACGAUACAGCUUGGUCUCUACGCAG